AUGGCCAGAUCAAUCCUCCUGAUAAACGGACCCAAUCUGAAUCUCCUUGGCACGCGCGAGCCACACAUCUACGGACACACCACACUGGCGGAUGUCGAGAGUGACUGUCGCAACACUGCCGCCAAGCACGGAUGUACCUUUGAUGCGUUUCAAUCCAACCACGAGGGUGCCAUCGUCGAUCGUAUCCAGGCUGCCCGAGGCCAGGUGGACGGUAUCAUCAUAAAUCCCGGCGCGUUCACACAUACCUCCGUGGCGAUUCGUGAUGCCUUGCUCGGGAUAGGCGUUCCAUUCAUCGAGUUACACGUGAGCAACGUCCACGCGCGAGAGCCCUGGCGUCACCACUCAUAUUUUAGCGACAAGGCGGCGGGGAUCAUAGUUGGGUUGGGUGUAUAUGGGUACAAAGUCGCUGUUGAGCAUGUUGCUGAGAACUUCAAAGAAUUGAAGAAGGACCCAAAGGCGGCGCUGUGA